CUUUCAUCAUUUGUAUGGUCUGAAACGAAAUGGCUGCCACUCCCAAGAUAGGACUCGGAAUUGGCCCCCUUCCGACUCACCGACUCAGCAUUUCUACUCUAUCAUCUCCGCCUUCUCUCCACUCUCUCAUCGUCUUCAAAAACUUAUGCACUCGCCGACGCUUCCUGGGUAUUCACCAGUCCACUCGUACUCGGCACCUCAGGGCCGUCUCUUCGCAGGAGCCCUCUUCGUCUUCAGUUAAAGGAGUUGAGAAUGUAGUAAUUGUGGGUUCUGGUCCUGCUGGGUAUACAGCUGCAAUAUAUUCAGCUCGUGCUAAUUUGAAGCCUAUAGUGUUCGAGGGCUAUCAAGUAGGUGGCGUUCCUGGGGGCCAGUUGAUGACUACCACUGAAGUGGAGAAUUUCCCCGGAUUCCCUGAUGGAAUAACUGGGCCAGAUUUGAUGGAUAGGAUGCGGCGGCAAGCUGAACGUUGGGGAGCAGAACUGUUCCAAGAAGAUGUAGAACAUAUUGAUGUUAGGAAUAAACCAUUUACAGUGCAGAGCAGUGAGCGUAAGGUUCAGUGCCACAGUCUCAUUUUUGCCACAGGAGCUACUGCAAGAAGGCUCAGAAUACCCCGUGAAGAUGAGUUUUGGAGUAGAGGAAUUAGUGCUUGUGCAAUUUGUGAUGGAGCAUCUCCACUGUUUAAGGGGCAAGUUCUUGCUGUGGUUGGAGGAGGUGAUACAGCAACGGAGGAAGCGAUAUAUUUAACUAAAUAUGCCUAUCAUGUUCAUUUAUUAGUACGCAAGGACCAACUAAGGGCAUCCAAGGCAAUGCAAGAUAGAGUGUUCAACAAUCCCAAUAUCACCGUGCACUUCAAUACAGAGACUGUGGAUGUAGUUAGCAAUACAAAAGGCCAGAUGUCUGGUAUCUUACUUAGAAAAGUUGAUACCGGUGAGGAAUCUGUGCUUGAGGCGAAAGGCUUAUUUUAUGGUAUAGGACAUUCACCGAAUAGCCAGUUGUUAGAAGGUCAAGUUGAACUGGACAGCUCAGGCUACGUGCUGGUUCAAGAUGGUUCUUCAAGAACUUCUGUGGAAGGUGUAUUUGCUGCUGGAGACAUACAGGACGAUGAGUGGAGGCAGGCGGUAACUGCUGCUGGAUCGGGAUGUAUUGCUGCUUUAUCAGUUGAGAGAUACCUUGUGAGAAAUAAUCUACUCGUUGAGUAUCAUCAGCCUAAAGCCGAGGAGGUUAAGAAGGACCUCACGGACAUGGAUGUGAAAGAGGGCUUUGACAUCACACUGACAAAACAUAGGGGCCAGUAUGCCCUGCGUAAAUUAUACCAUGAGAGUCCAAGGCUUGUAUGCGUACUGUAUACAGCCCCAACUUGUGGUCCAUGUCGGACUUUGAAGCCAAUUCUCAGCAAGGUGAUCGAUGAAUUUGAUCAAAAUGUACAUUUUGUCGAGAUUGAUAUUGAGGAAGAUCAGGAAAUAGCAGAAGCAGCCGGAAUUAUGGGUACACCAUGUGUGCAAUUUUUCAAGAACAAGGAGAUGCUUAGGACUCUGUCGGGGGUAAAAAUGAAGAAAGAGUACAGAGAUUUCAUCGAAGCAAACAAAUGAGAUUAUUGCAGAUCCUUGUUUCGCAGAGGCCGGUCUUGCUGUGAUUCAAUUUUGUUCAUUAUGUACUGGUUAGUACAAAAAAUACCUUCUUUUUUGAUGAUGAAACCCUUAUUGUAAGGCUCUGGCUGAAUUAAAUCGCUUUUGAAUUGUUAUGGAUCUCUGUUAAUUGGCAGAGUUGAACUGUGUAAUUUUUUUUCUCAAGGAUGCAUUGUAA